CAUUUAUUUAGCUAACAACCGGUUUUUUCGACCGUUAAGUAACUCCUGAUGUUAUCCUCGUGACCAAUCGUUGGUAACCACGCUCCUACGUGACAUUGUUUGGCUCAGUAGCGCAAGUAGCACUCGUUAUCCAGGGAGUGUCAGGGGAGUGUUUCUGACUGCUCCGAUAAGGUGGCCCUGCCCACUCAACAAACAAUAUCACAGCACAACAGUGUGCUUAAAGAUUUGGCUGUAAGUUUGUAGGUUCAGUCCUCGAUACGACAUUCAUACUGUACGCUGCUGUUAACUGAGUGAGAAAAUGUGGCUGCAAAUAGCUGGGUUCACUGCCCUGCCACACCUGGGAGGGCUCUACGGUGGUUACCUCACACGCAAAGAGGUAGAUACCUGGUACCCAACCCUGAAGAAACCAUCAUGGCGCCCACCAAACAAAGCAUUCCCCGUAGUGUGGACGUGUCUGUACACAGGCAUGGGCUAUGGUUCAUACCUGGUGUGGAAGGAGCUUGGAGGUUUCACUGACGAUGCACUAGUUCCACUCGGGCUUUAUGGGACACAGCUAGCUCUGAAUUGGGCCUGGACUCCCAUUUUCUUUGGUGCACACAAGCUGAAAUGGUCCCUCGUUGAGAUUGUGCUUCUCACGGGGACUGUCGGAGCCACCAUGAUGUCCUGGUAUCCCAUCAGCCGCACCGCCACGAUGCUCUUGGCACCCUAUCUGGGCUGGCUGUGCCUUGCAACCAGCCUCAACUACUGCAUAUGGAGAGACAACCCAGAGGAAAAAGAAGAGUAGGGAUCAUGACUGUGUGUUUUGAGGAACAUACUUACAUUCUGAAUCACGUACACAAUGUUAUUUAAAAAAAAAUAAUACUAAUAAAAAAACUGGUCAGUCUCA